GUCAUCUCAAAGGCCUCACGACUGUUCUCCAAUAUCAUCUGUGCCAGCUCACCGGCCAGGCCCGCACCAUGACCGCCAGAUUGGUGCUAUGUCUAGGUGACCUGUUUAUACCAGACAGGGCGUCAGAUAUCCCCGCCAAGUUCAAGAAGCUCCUCGCACCCGGCAAAAUAGGUCAAAUCCUCUGCCUGGGCAACAUAACCGACAAAGACACAUACGAGUUCCUCCGCGGUCUCGCUCCUGACCUACAGAUUGUCAAAGGCGACUUUGACGUCGACGCCCCCAAUCUCGCGCUCCAGAAAGUCGUCACGCACGGAUCGCUACGCAUUGGCUUCGUACAUGGCCACACCAUAAUACCGCCCGGAGACGGCGACAGUUUGCUGAUUGCAGCGCGGCAGAUGGAUGUGGAUAUACUGCUAUGGGGCGGAACACACAAGUUUGAGGCAUACGAGAUGGAGGGCAAGUUCUUUGUGAAUCCCGGGAGUGCAACAGGUGCGAUGACUACGAAUUGGUGGACAGAAGAGGAAGACCCUACGCCAAGCUUCGUGUUGAUGGAUGUACAAGGAGACGUGUUAGUAUUAUACGUAUACCAGCUACGCAAGGACGCCAACGGGGUGGAGAAUGUCGCGGUAGAAAAGGUCUCGUUUAGAAAAGGUGGUGCAUCAUAGGAGGAGGCGAUGGUCAAUCUACAAUGGAAUGCCACUUGUGUGCGUACUCGGCGCAUACUACAGUCAUCCGCCGCAUGUUGCUCAAGGUGUUCUAAACAUAGCUUGUGAGAUGACAAGCUGCAGGACCUCCUCUGAUCCAUGAGACUGUUCCCCAAGAUGGCUGACCUGCUUGUGUGCUCUCUAUAGAAUGAAUGGCAAGGUCGACCAGGACAACGCUCCCGUAUACUGUGCCGAAGCCGGGAGGU